AUGGUUAAAUUUCAAGCAAUCGCUGUUGCAAUUCUGGGUCUUCACCAUGCUCAAGCCUUUGUGUCAAGUCCUGCAAGGCGGAGCGUGUCGAAGGUGGUGGGUGGGCCCUCUACUUCUUCAAUUACUUCUCCUUCUACCCAACAAUCGUCGGCUCUGUUCAUGUCCACCAGGCCUCAGACUGGAAAAGAUUUCUAUGCCGUUUUGGGAGUUAGCAGGACUGCCAGCCUAAGUGACAUCAAGAGUGCCUACCGCAAGCUUGCGAAGCAAUACCAUCCAGAUGCCAAUCCCGACGAGGACACCACACAGCAAUUCCAAGACAUUAACAGAGCCUACGAGGUAUUAAAAGAUCCUGAUCUCAAAAAGAAAUACGACAUGUUCGGUGAGCAGGGAAUUGGAACCUCAGCGGCAUCUGACGCUGCCGGUGGAUAUGGAUCUCCCUUUGGAGGCCCAGGUGCUGGAUUUGGUCAGGAGGUUGACCUGGGAGACAUCUUUGACACCUUUUUUGGCGGCGGUGGUGGUGGAGGCGUGGGUGGUGGACGCGGAAGGCGUGCUGCUCGUGGUCCCGUCGUUGGUGAUGAUUUACGAUUUGACUUGGAGGUGGAUUUCAAAACUGCCGUCUUUGGUGGUGUCGAGAAGGUACGCAUUCGGCAUUUGGAAACAUGUGAUUCCUGCACGGGUAGUGGGGUGAAGCCAGGUAGCAAAGUCAGUACAUGUACCAACUGUGGUGGAAGUGGAGUCACAUUGCAAGUUACCAGGACUCCACUUGGUAACUUUCAAACACAGCAGACAUGUCCAACUUGCCGUGGAACAGGCCAAAUAGUCGAGGAGUACUGCGGAACCUGCAGUGGCAAAGGUGUAAACCAAAAGACAAAACAAGUUAAAGUGACAGUCCCAGCUGGAAUUGAAGACGGUAACAAACUACGUGUUCGUGGAGAGGGAGAUGCCGGUCCGAAUGGUGGACCAGCAGGAGAUCUUUACAUCUUCCUGAAGGUUAAGCCAGACCCCAACUUCCGCAGGGAAGGACCAGAGAUUUACUCAGACGCAACUAUCAGCUACACGGAUGCCAUUCUUGGAGCUAGCUUGAAGACAAAGGUCGUGGACGGAGAAGUGACAAUUAAAGUGCCACCAGGAACUCAGCCCGGCCAAGUGAUGCGGCUGAAGGGAAAUGGCGCACCCAGGCUUGGAAACUCGGACGUUCGAGGGGACCACUAUGUCACAAUGAAUGUAGAGAUUCCAAAGAAAUUGUCGAAAGAGGAAGAGGACCUUGUCCAGCAGCUGAAGGAGCUGCAAGACAAGAAGAAGGGUGGAAUUUUUGGAUAA